GGCGUCCUUCGAUCUCUCUCCCCUCCCCUCCCAUGUCGCGCCACGAGCGCUAGAGCAAAACCCUAACCCUAGGUCUGCUCCUCCCUUCACCUCGCUCUCCCCUUCCGGCGCCAUGGACGCGAAGGACAUCCUCGGGCUCCCCAAGACCGCCUUCCCGUCCGUCCAGGAGAAGAAGACCCGGACGCCCAAGGAGCCGCAGCGGAAGCCCGAUGGCGUCUCCCGCGAGGUGUAUGCGCUCACCGGAGGAGUGGGAAUGGCGCCGCUCAUGCCGACCGUGGAGGCCUCGCACCUGAAGCGGCGACCAGCUGUUGAGAAGGAGAAGGUAACAUGGCAGUGGCUACCUUUCACGUCCUCUGCACGGUCUGACAGCCUUCAACUAUACCAUUGGGUUAGAGUUGUAAAUGGUGCUCCACCAACUGGUGACUAUCACUUCGCAAAAUACAACAAGAAGGCAGAUGUUCUCAAAUACAAUGAUGAGGAGUAUGAGAAGUAUUUAAUUGAUCCUGCAUGGAGUAGGGAAGAAACAGACCAACUAUUUGAACUAUGUGAGCGCUUUGACCUUCGCUUCAUAGUAAUAGCAGACAGGUUUCCAACUGAUCGCAGCAUGGAGGAUUUGAAGAGUCGUUAUUAUUCUGUUACUCGUGCUCUUCUGAUUGCUAGAGCUCGGUCAUUUGAUGAAGUUGCUGGCAAUCCUCUUGUGAAGGAAACAUUCAAUGCUGCUCAUGAGACUGAGAGAAAGCGUGCUUUAUCUGCACUUCUCUCCCAGACAAAACAGCAAGAACGAAAGGAUGCUGAGAUUUUAGCAGAAGCAAAACGCAUUAUGGAAUCUCGUGCUGCUAGCAAACAUACUGAGGAAGUGGGAACAUUGGCAAGCUUUGAUAAUGCUACGGUUUCUGCUGAUGGUGUAUCUCCAUUGAGCAAUGCCCAUCCGUCAUCAACUGCUACACUUCAAGCUGCGCCAGUGAAUAGCUCCAUACCUGCUUCACUGCGAAUGCUUCGAGUGUAUUUGAGAACCCAAGCACUUGAUCAAAUGGUCCAAGCAGCAAGUGCCUCGGCUGGCCUUAGAGUUAUCAAAAGGGUUGACCAGACUUUACAGGACCUUGGGGUUAAUUUGAAGCCUAAGGUCCCGACAAAAGCUGUUUGUGUCGAACAUCUUGAACUACGGAAUGAGAUACUUACACUGCUUAACUUACAGAAGCAGCUGCAAAAUAAAGAGGCUGAAGUAUCAGCCAACAGAGAAAAUUCCUUUACAGAAGCACCAAGCACACCUAAGCGUGCUAAUAGAGAUGUUGAUAGACCCUUUGUUCCUGAUACUGUUGGGUUUGUAGGUGAGAGAGCGGGCAAGCGGGACCACAAGCGGAAGACUGCUGGAAGAUUUAUGGAUGCACCUCCCUCGCCACCCCAGUCUAAGAGGCCCCGGAAGUUGAAAGCAUCUGAUUGAUGAGUUUCAGACUAGGCUGCACAAAAAUCUAUAACCCAGCACCCCCUGCGCUAUGGAUCACUCCAUCCUUCCUUGGAAGCUUCCCGGAGAGCACUUUCGCCAAGGAUCUCUCGUUGGUAGGGGCUUUUCUUGUCUGUUGUCUGUACAAUGCUUCUGCCCUGAUAAAGCUUUUUUCGUACUCCGUCGAGCGAUGAGAUGACCAGGUGGAGGCAGCUUCGCCUCACGGAGAAGUGAUCGCCUUAACAUCUCCCCCUACUUAACGAAGUGCAGAUAACUGUUUCUUUUGUUUGUUUGAGCUCUAGCAACCGUUUGUAAAGAAAAUGUGUAACCUGGCAAUACCGUAUUUGGUAUAGUACUUUAUUUGUAGAACUGAAACAACUGUCUACUCCCAAUCAUGCGUGUAAUCUUGGGCAAUACAAUGAAGAGCCCUGCCCCCCUAUAUGCAGAGGUGAGCCGGUUCCCA